CGGUUACCGCUAUGUAACGAUCCCAGCCUAGCAGACAGCAACGCUCUUCUCUCUCCAAGACACCAUGAUGCAAUUAACGACUUUAAUUUUCACAUCUGUCAUGCUCCCGUGGAUUCUGUCUUCUGCAGCCAAAGAUGAAUUUAUGGAAGCAAGAAAGACAAAGAGGGACAUUGUGAACUUUCCUGACUAUGGCUUCCCUCAGGACUCAGACGCCAACCAAGCAGCUCCAAAAGCCGACGAGUUGCCGACAUGUUUACUGUGUGUUUGCCUGAGUGGAUCUGUUUACUGUGAUGAUGUGUCUCCUGACAUGUCAUCUGUCCCAGCACUGCCAAAGGAAACGGCAUACCUCUACGCACGCUUCAACAAAAUUAAAAAAAUACGCAAUCAAGACUUUGCAGACAUGGCCACAUUAAGAGCAAUUGACCUCACUGGGAACCUCAUCGCUGAGAUAGAUGAUGGAGCUUUUUCCAAACUUCCAAAUCUUGAGGAGCUCACUCUUACAGAAAAUAGACUCACCAAACUUCCUAUACUUCCCAACAAGCUAGUUUCAUUCAAUGCCAAUUUCAACAAUCUUAGAACCCAGGGUGUAAAGGCAACUGCUUUUAAAAAACUCACCAAACUGGCAUAUCUUUACCUUGGAAACAAUGAACUAACCGCAGUGCCCCAACUUCCGGAAUCUCUUCAUGUUGUGCACCUGCAUAACAACAGGAUCGCGACCAUAACAGACGAGACAUUCUGCAAAGGUAACACCAGUCACUACAUCCGCACCAACAUGGAACAGGUGAGGCUGGAUGGGAACCCCAUCAAGCUGGCCCAGCACCCCAACAGCUUCAUCUGUCUGCUGUCUCUUCCUCUUGGAUGGUACAACUAAAAAUUUCCAAAGCAUGCUUUUGACAGAGGAGAACCUUAGGAGUGGGGGUUGGGGGUGUUGCAGAAGGACAGUGAAAACACCAUUUAAAAUAUACGGUUCUUAAGUUACAUUUUAUAUAAUCAAAUCUACAAUACAGUUCAAAACAAUGUGACUCUUUUUUUGUAGAAUUAAACAGAGAUCAAAUAACGGAUUUAAGGGGAAGGGAAAGACAGAGAUUGUGAUUUUUGUUUCUUAUCGGCACCAUCUGCCAGUAUAAGACACAUCUGUGCAAAAUCCUCCAAGAUGUCUAUAAAUACCUUUUGCUCUUUUUUUUUAAAUUUUUUUCUUCAGUUAAAAGUUGGUAGGUUUGUACUGUUCUGUCUUGGUAGGUGCUAUGCAAUGUUUUCAACAUAAUAGAUCAACAGAUUCACAGUCAAACCAAUACUGAGACCUGGGUUUGCUUGUCAUGAAAUUAUACUUUUGUUGUGAUUCAUUUUUUUUCUGCCUUGCUGUGUUGCUAAUGUUUCUUAAACCAAAGACCAUAUAAACAAUAAAACCUGCAUGUUGGACGAGA